ACUGUACACGUUAGUAAAAUAAUUUUACAUUUUUGGCCAUGUCUCAUAUUAACGAUCUAAUAGGCAUUGUCAAGGGGUUCCGUAUGGUGGUCGAAGCUGGCAUUAAACUCCAACAAGAAAACACUAGACUAAUCUGGAAUAACAGUAGCAUCAAACCACUAAUUCAAGGCUGCCCAACUAACCCCAUCACCAACAUAAAACCGAACCCAGAUAUCGCUAAAGAUCUAUUCGAAAGAGCUUUAGUUGUGGCUCAGGGUUUUAGGCAAUAUGCAGUAAUGCAUGCUCCAAAUUUUGAUCCUAGUAAAACUUCAUCACCAAUGGAUUCCAAACUGCAAGCAGAACUCGAUCAGUUGAAUGAAGAGUUUGAUAAGACCUUUGAGAGCCUGAAGAAGACCCAAAGGUACAUAACCUCUUCCCCACCAGAUAAUAUUGAGGUACCUCUGGAAAAAUUGAGAUUACAAGCUGAAAAACUUAAAUCAAAGCAAGUUGACAGCAUAGAAUCAAGUAGAAUGAAUUUAAAAGACCCUGAGAUUACUUAUAGUGAAAAUAUUAAAAGUUCUAGUUCCAGUAUGCUAGUGCAACCAGAAGUAGCUAGUAGUUAUAGCAAAUUGGACCUAGAACCUAAGCCUAAACAAAUGGGCAUUGAAAAACCAACAAGUACAAGAAGUAGCCCAAAUGUCUCAAAACCCAUUGUUAAGAAGAAGAUAAGAGUGGCACUUAGUGAAAAUUCUAAAGCUCGUGUCGUGCCAUCUUCACGUAUCGGGCGGAUGAUAUCUUUUGGGUCUCUGGCUGCGGGUUUAGGUGUGGGAACUGUGGCACAGUACGCCAGGAAUACUAUUCAGUCGGUGACGGGGAAGGUUGAAGAAUCAAAUGCAUUUUUAUCGCCAGCUAAUGCUGAGAGAAUCGUGGACACAUUGUGUAAAGUGAGAGGUGCGGCUCUAAAACUCGGUCAGUUGCUUAGCAUACAAGACGAGUCAGUCAUACCUUCUGACCUGCAGCGCAUCUUCGACCGGGUCCGUCAGUCAGCUGACUUCAUGCCGACGUGGCAGGUGGAGAAGGUCAUGAUAUCACAGCUUGGAGAGAACUGGCGCAGUAAACUGCAGCAUUUUGAGGAGCAACCAUUUGCUGCAGCUUCCAUUGGCCAGGUGCAUUUAGGUGUUCUUCAUAAUGGUCAGGAAGUAGCGGUGAAGGUGCAAUACCCUGGUGUGGCAAAGGGGAUCAAUAGUGACAUAGACAACCUUGUGGGAGUUAUGAAAGUUUGGAACAUAUUUCCGAAGGGCAUGUUCAUAGACAACAUAGUAGAGGUAGCUAAGAAGGAGUUGGCAUGGGAAGUUGACUACGUGCGGGAGGCGGAAUGUACCAGAAAGUUCAAGACGAUGCUGGCCCCGUACCCUGAAUACUUUGUACCCGCUGUUGUUGACGAGCUUUGUGCGGCCGAAGUGAUGACCACGGAGUUGGUAGACGCGACUCCCAUUGACAAACUGUUCGACGCGGACUACGAAGUCAAAUAUGACAUCGCAUACAAAGUGAUGCAGCUGUGCCUCAGAGAGAUGUUUGUGUUGCGGUGUAUGCAGACCGAUCCCAACUGGGCAAAUUUCUUCUACAACACUAAUACUAAACAGUUGGUGCUACUGGACUUUGGUGCGACACGGGAGUAUUCGAAGGAGUUUAUGGACCAGUACAUUGAGAUUAUCAAGGCGGCCUCCGAUGGAGACAGGGGCGCCAUCUUACGAAUGUCGCGCGAGAUGAAGUUCCUCACGGGCUACGAGACCAAAAUAAUGGAAGAAACCCACGUGGAUACGGUGAUGAUUAUGGGCGAGGUGUUCACCAUGGAAGGAGAUGGAGAAUUCGACUUCAGUACUCAACAAACCACGAAGAGAAUCCAGUCUCUAGUACCGACAAUACUCACGCACAGACUCUGCCCGCCGCCAGAGGAGAUAUACUCGCUGCAUCGAAAACUCUCCGGCGUCUUCCUUCUCUGUUCCAAAUUGAAGGUCAAAAUGAACUGCCGUACUAUGUUCCAGGAAAUAUACGAACAGUAUAAGAAGUGAGUACUGAUUUAUCAGAUGUAAAGGCGGAUUUCCAGUAGAGGCACGCGACCGCGACCUACCACAGUUCAAAUAUGCCACUUAUGAACUAGGAUAUAAAUUUCAUUUUCAACCGAGCAAGGGCGGCACAUGCCGCCCUUGCUUUAUAGUGGUGUAGGGCAAAAUCAAACAUAUAAUCUAGACUCUAGAGUCUAGACCCUAGACUCAAAUUUGUAAAGUGACAUUUUAUUUGAAUUUUAUUAUGUUCGCGAGGAUCGGAAAGCCACCUUACGUCUAAUUGUAGUAGAUAGUAUCGACAGCAGAAUGGAAUUAAAAGUAAGGUAUCGCAAGCCUGUCACUUUGCUUUUCGUCAAAUACCAUUGUUAUAUACCUAUCAAAUGCAAUAUAAAUGUCGUAACAAUUUGACUAAGUACUCUACAUCUUUACUUUGAACAGUACUUUCCUUGAAAGUUUCCAUUACAGUUAAUUUAAUAUGUGGCGCUACAGUCGCAUUACAAAAGGGUAACUUGUAAUGUGUAUAUUUGGUGUAGGUGCUGACGUUUAUGCUCCGACAGCGUAUGUGCAACUGUGUGCGUAAAUAGGUGUCAGUGUGUGUGUAAAUGUGCACAUAGUUAUGCGUAUAUACUAUAUGCACGUAUUUGCGUGUACGUGCACUGGCGUAAGUGCACGUAUUUGCGUGUACGUACACCUGCGUA